GCCAGGCUAUAUAAGCCGAAGAGUUUGACAUCCCCAUCAUCCAUCCAGACAUGAAAGAUUUCAUCUCAGUCAACCAUUAUUCUUCCAUUCUCCCCUCUCGCUCGGCCAAUCCAGACUCCAGUCUCUCCUCCUCCCGUGCUUUUCGCAGAGCCAUUCCUCGAACAUCAUGGUCGCUAUCGCGAUUGCCGGCGGAACUGGCAAUAUCGGCCAGACCAUCGCGGAGGUGCUGAAAGAGAAUCCGGAGCACAAAGUUAUUGUGCUGUCUCGCAAGGCCCCAGAAGUCCAAGAUGAGGCAGCGCCUGUCAUUGUCGUCAACUACGACGACGUCGAUGAACUGACUAGGGUUCUGGAGAACGACAACAUCCACACCGUAAUCUCCACUAUCCCGGUCAUGGGCCCGGAGUCCGGCGGCCCUGAAAUCAAUCUCGUUCGAGCAGCCGACAAGUCAGGUCCGACUAAGCGCUUCAUAUCCAGCGACUGGAGCAUUCCAUUCCCGAAGAUGGGCGAGCCGUCACCGCAGCACGCUGCUCGAGCCGCAACCAUUGCUGAACUGCGCGAGACGGGUCUCGAGUGGACGACGGUCCACAACGGCUAUCUCACCGACUACUUCGGGGUCCCGCACAUCAAGAGUCACAUGAGGUUGAUUGCGAUCAACGUCGACAUGGCAAACAAGGCGGCUUCCCUCCCCGGAACGGGCGAUGACGUCGUGUCGUUCACCUACAGCUUCGACGUGGCCAAGUUCGUUGAGCUGGCAAUCGGACUGCCUCGUUGGGAGGAGGAGCUCUUCUGCUACGGGGACCAUUGCACGUUCAAUGAGGUAGUCAGGAUGGCGGAGCAGGCGACAGCCUCGAAGUUCUCCGUGGCCUACGAUAGCAAGGAGAAGCUCAAGCAAGGCCACAUCACCGAACUUCCCUCCCAUCCCCUGGCAUAUUCGUAUUUUCCGAAGCCAGUUCUGCAGUCGGUCUUCGCUACGUUUGGGCUCUAUGUCAUCCAGGGUCUGUUCAAAAUGCCCGAGGAACGGAGUCUCAACAGGCUAUUCCCCGAUGUGAAGACCAAGAAGGUCAGUGAAGUUAUCAACGCUUGGAAGGGGAAAUGAUGGUCUCCAAGAUUUGUUCACUACAGGGCAGAGGUGACGGCCUGUGACGAUACAUGGAGACAUCCUGGAUUGGACUCAGUUGCGUUUCGUAAAGAUAGCAUUGCCUUUACGUCUGUCCUUGACGUCGAUAAUCGGUUAGCCAACAAUGUCGACUAGCUUGAAGUUGUUGUUGAGUGAACAGAGCGGGAAAGGACGUAAUUACCGACAACCCUAGUCUUAAUGCAUUCCUCAAAC